AUGCACUUUGAAAGGGCUCAUUCAUUAAAGGAAGGUGGGUUGCGUGAAGCCCAACUUGCAGAAGCUAAUGAAAGAUAUGAAGAGGUGAUUAAAGAGCUCAAUGAGAUUCUGGAGAAGCUAGCCUCGUCUGAGGGAAAUAACGAGGAACUAAAGCGACAAAUCUCGGAGGUGGAAGGGCAGCUUGCUUCUCACAUGAACACCAUCAGUGAACUAACUCAGGAGCACUCGAGAGUCUCGGAGCUUCAUUUGGUGGCUGAAGCCCGGAUUUCAGAAGCCGAAGCUCAGUUAGAGGAAGCUAUUCAGAAAUCUAGCCUGAAAGAUUUGGAAGAUAAGGACUUGUAUGAAAAGCUUAAGGCUUUUGAAGCACAGGUGAGUGUGUAUGAAGAACAGGCUAGGAAAGCAUCAGCUCUUGCAAAAAGCCGUGAAUUAGAGAUUGAGCAAGUUUUGUUGAAAUCGAAGGAAUUGGAGAGUGGAAGGAAUUGGAGAUCUGAGAUAAGCGGUUUACAAGCCAAUUUGUCGGCUGUUUCAUCUGAGAAAGAACAUGUGGUUGAGGAAUUGAAUGUUGCGAGAAAAGAAAUAGAAGAGCUGACUCAGAAGCUUGCUUCUGAAGGCCAAAAGCUAGUCUCAAAGCAGCUGAAAGAACAAAAGUUGCAUGAAGAUGCCCUUAAAUCUAAGCUGGAAAUUUUGAAUUCUGAUGUUGCUCAGAAAGCUGAGUUGGAGAAUCAUCUGAAGGAGAUCAAAGAACAGUUGGCAACCGCAGAAGCUCGUUUGAAAGAAGAGAAGGAACUAAGCUCCCAAAAGGACCUGGAACGAGAAGCGGCUUUAAAGCAUUUAGCUGAAGUGUUCGAUACUAAGCUAAACACUAAGGAAAAAGAAAUGGAUCUUUUAGAAAACAAACUGAAAGAUUUUGAGCAAAAGUUGAAAGAUGUUGAGCAGAAGUGGCAGCUUGCUGAUGCUAAAUUCAAAGAAAAGGAUAUUAGAGGAGCUCCCUCAGAACAAAAGGAUGAAACUAUAAAAUCUUGGGAGAUCGAUUUAUCUUCUUCAGCUCCUAUCAAAAGAAAGAGCAAGAAAAAGACAGAGUCAACUUCAGGUCAAGCACUAUCCUCAGCUACACAGGCUCAUACUGCUGAGGAAUCUUCAGCUAUGAACUUUAAGUUCAUCUAG